AUGUUACCGCCCAUCUACCGUAAGGGGACCCUUGGCGCACGCGCUUCCUUGGGGACAGAGAGCCGCAUCCCAGAUGCCUGUCGUCCAUUCAUGAGUUUGCGCGGCCGCCACAUUCCUCUGAGCACACAGUUCGAACAAGCUGCUGCGCUAGGCCGCGCUCAAGCGCGCCAGUCAGAGACUCCGUGGGCCGGUCGGCUCAGGCGGACCUCCAUCUCGGCGCCAGCCCUGGCGCCCCCCACCACAGUUGCGGAGCGCCGGCCCAGGGGAAGAGCGUCCGCACAGCGAAGUGAGGCUGCCGUGAAAGACGAGAAGGAGCCACAGGGAGAGAAGCAGACAGCGAGAGGCAGGAAAGACGUGGGAAGGAAGCGGAAGCAGGCGGAGGAGAAGGCGGUGCGGAGGAGUAAAAAGAGUGCGGUGACGCCAGAGGCUGAGGACAAAGGUCGGACGACGGUCACGCUGGAGGGGACAGGUGGGCGACGGCACGGGUGGAAGAGCGCGAAAACGCGCAGAGCAGCCGCCGAGGGGGGUAGCGAAGAGGACGAGUAUCUGAGCGAGAUCGAGCCGGAGCUGCCGGACAUGGCCGAAGAGGAGCUGGGGCCGUACGCAGAAGCGGAGGAGGCGGCCGGGGGUGAGGUCGAGAAGCACGACAAGGAAGCGGGGGGGCGCGCGCGGCGGGGGAGCAACACGGCGGAGCGGUACGGGCAGAAGCGCGACAUGUCGCCUAAAACGCCGGACGCCUCCAAGGUGGGGGAACAGGUGCAGGGCGACGGAGACAAGGCGGCGGAGGGCGACACAGAGGUGCCACGUGGCAGCCGCAAGGAGGACGCGCUGAUGGUGUCGCCGGGGACGGUGGUGAAGCACCCGGUGGGGACGAAGGGGGCGGCAGGGAGCCCGGUUGGCGCGGGCUACGAGGCGGCCGCCGGCGUGACGUCCCCUGCGAGCAUCAAGGCGCUGAAGGCGACGUUCGAGCUGGGCGUGCGCGCGGAGCUGGAGGCGCGCAGGGAGGAGACGGCGCGCAAGAUUGAGGGCGACCGCGAACGGAUGAAGGAACACGAGGUGGCCCUGCGCAAGCGGGUGCGCGAGCGCGAGGAGGCGGCGGCAGACCGCGAGCGCGCGGUGGUGGAGGUGGAGGAGUACGUCGUGUCCAAGAAGCGCGCCGCGGAGGACCUCGAGAGGCGCGCCAAGCGCGCGCGCGAGGAGGCGCAGGAGGCGGAGAAGGAGCGCGAAGAGGCGAAGGAGCGGGCCGAGCGCGAGUAUGAGGCGCGCAUUGCGGGCCUGGGGCUGGACGAGGAGCAGCGCGCCAUCGAGGAGCUGCGCGCGGCGAUCGCGGAGCGCGAGAAGGUGCUGCAGGCCAGCGCGCGCGCAGAGGGGGAGGCCGUGGGCGCACUGGUGAACGAACAGCUGGCAGAGCUGCAGCGCAAAGUGGAUCGCAUCUGGGGGCAGCAGCUGGGGGCGCCCAACGGGGCGUGAUGCACAACUUCGCCUUUUCCGACUGCCGAUAACUUUUGAAGCCGGUUCCGACCCUCUUGCUGCUUCUUCCCCGGAAUUAGGGGCUGGCAACAGUGGGUGGCUCAUUCCUUUUUCUAGUUUGAAGGGAGACUUGGUAGGGCUAAUCUCAUUGGUGAUGGAGCUCAUGGGCAUGGGGACGGAGGGACCAGCUGCAGCUGUACUCUUAUAGCCGGCUAGUACGUACAUGUACCGAGGAACGUCGCCAUCGAAGAACGAGCUCAUGCGCCCGGCCAGAGAUUCACGCUCGGUGUACGUUUUUUUAUUGUUGUGGAAGUAACUGCGUAAUUGUGCAUAGAUAAGCUCGAAAGCUCGAGUUUCUAUUCCAACUUCUCAUGGCUUCUGGCAUUUUCAGAAUAAUUGAACCGUCACGGUGGCAACGAUCGAAGCCUGUCGAUCCAAUAUGGCCCGAACCUGUUGAUAAGGGAAACUUUCAG